UAAAUUACGUUAUAUCUUUAUCAAAAACCCGCUCAAGUUUUCAAAAUAACUCGAAACUGGUUAAGUUAAGGGAAGAUUGAAUGAAAUGUCAAACUUGUGUAUGCUAUCAGUUUCAUUCCGAUGAAAUGCAUGGUUGAUGUUAAAUCCCCAUGCAGUUGUGCCAACAUGAAUUGAAGUAACUGAUCGAAACGAAACAAAUACGACGUAUGUUACACCAGAACGUUUUUUCGAAAGCCCAUAGGAGUUCCAAUAUUUAAUAGAUAAGUCGUGCAAUUAUACAUAACACAAAUAGUUUGGUUAAAGUUUUAAAAUACAAACAAACAGACAAACAAACAAAACUAAUACAAGUAAACAAGUUUCGAAAAAUGCGUAGUAAAAUGUCAAAAGGUUGAAAUACGUCUCUACAACUGAACUGAUGCUUAUCGGAAAUGAUUCAAGACAGAGCAGAUUCUUGUUUGCCAAAAUAUUUAUUUUAAUGCGUUCAGUUGAUGUUCGUAUAUCGAGGUGCUCAGUUGAUUUUUCGAAGAAAAGCAAAACACGAAAAUAAAAACAUAAAUACUAUUUGUUUAAUUUGGUUUUGGAAAUAAAUUCCAGUGAAAUGACAACAUUUAGAACAUUGUUAUUCUUAAUUUUUUCAAUUUUCACAUCAAUAUCAUCAAACGAUGCACGAGAUUCUGGACAUGACUUGAAUUUCAUUGCUGUUCGAAUGAUGGAAGAAUUUAUUCGUGCAAACAAUUACAGUACCGAUUGCCUGCAGCAAGUUAAGAAUCAAAUUUCCGUAGAGUUUUUUGUUGAUAAAAUGUUUCGCAAAAAAUUAAUCAAUAAACAUAAUGAACUCAACAAAAAACUGUAUAAUGUGAACGAAGCGUUCGCCCAUAAUCUACAAAAUACAAAAAAAGAUGUUCAAUUGCAAACAUUUUUCGUGUCUGACUCAACCGAGGUGUAUGACAUAACAAUAAACAAAGUCAAUGGACUUUUUGGCGAAUUUCAAUUUUCAUCAGUUCAAAUGACCGAAAUACUACUGCAAUUUAUUGGCUCAAAUCAAUUGAAACAUUCGAUACACAAGUCGAUUCGUCUUGUAACAGAACCGGUGAAAAUAAAAAUGGAUCCAUUGUCCUCGAAUCGUGUCAAUUUCAAUUAUUACACUUUUGACAAUGUUUGGAACUAUGAAAUCGACUUCGAAAUCAGUAAUAAAUCCAUAAUUAAAUUCCCGUAUAAUCCAUCAGCGCUAUACCCUUCGGAAAUAACACUGAAUGUACUGAACUUCAUUGAAAGCCACCCGAACUUUAUCACAUCGCUCAAUUAUGACAAUGAACAACAAAUAAAAUUAAUAAAUAUUAACGGAACUUAUAUUUUAAAGGGUUAUCCGGUAAUCGAAAAAUUAUCAAGCGCCCAAGUGAAAGCGAUCAUUUCGGAUAAAGACGACCUUUAGAAUUUCCAAAUACUUGUUAUUGAAAAUAUUACAAAGUUGAAAACAACACCGGAGCAACGGAAAACAAUAAACAAUGAGCAAAGACUGAAAAACAAAACAAAAUUAUGAAAUAGUCUAUUGGAUUCGAGUGAAUUUUUGUUUUCAAGAAUCACCUUUAAGUUGGUAUAUUGUUUAUGUUUACUUCAAACUGAAAAUACACACCAGACAUCAACACAGUGAUUGAUAAGAAUAUAUAUGGGAUGUGUUGGGCUAUCACAAAGGUUAUGCUAUAUCAUCACCAUGUGACAGCCCACGUACACAAUCCCUUGCAAAUAUUUUAAGAGUUGUUUUUGAGCAAAAUAUUUUCAUUCGCUUUUUGAACCUCGUUCGAUCAUCAAAUCAUUUAAAUAAUACCGGUUCGCUAUAUGAAUUGCAGUCUUAUUCUACAGCUCAUAUUUUUAAGUGGUUUAGCAUUUUACUAUUGUUUUUUUAAGUUAAUUUUUAGAAGACCAUAAUGUUUACCAAACUAAUUUUUGUUUUUUUCACCUUGUUCGGAAGAUAUUUAUGUGCUGAGGUCGGUUUAUUUAUAUGUAAUUUCAAUGGUAAAAUGUACGGUGAAUUGGAUGUAUUUGAUGGUGGUGCGAAUGGAUGUGCGAAAUGUAUAUGCAUCGAGACUCGUGUUUAUUGUAACACAACGAGGUGCCCGAGUACAACAAACCCACCACCAACCACUACUACACUACCAUCAACAAUAACGAAAUUCGAAGAAGAUCCCAACCAAGAAGUUGAAUCUUUCAAUGAAAUAAUUUAUAAACCUUAUCAGACUGGAUCUGGACCAGUGUACCGAAAUCGAGCUGGUGUUUACGUUCAUCAGCUGGACGAUAUUGACAUACAAAGGAAAAUUUAUUGUCCCAACGGAGAAAAUUGUUAAAAUAGCACAGUGCAAAAACUGAGUUGUGCUCGCUCAUCUAUACGUCCGACGUGAUAAAUGCAAAUCUAAACAGCACUUCGUACUUCUUUCUGUCUGCUAUGAUAUGUACAAGACGGUGAAUAAAAAUCAGAAAACAAUUGAAUUUGCGUUUUAACACUAACAUCA